AUGGCGACUGGUGGAGAGUCUCCGAAUCUCCCGCCGUCUUCAUCUCAGCCCCCGCCACCAGCAUCACAGUCGUACUUCGCUACAUUAGACCACUUUACACCCGAUGAGAGUGCGUCCUUCGACCGUGAGUUUGGUCGCCUAGCGUCGUCUCAAGAAUGGGUCCCCGGGUCGCAAGAGUACACACGGGAACGCACCGUUGCCAUGCGGGAGGAGUUAACGUCGCUCUACUUCACCCCCCCGACAAUGGCUUCCAACAACAAGCAGCCUGAACCACUCACCGAUGAGCAGAAACUGAAGGGGUACCAAGACCUUUGUGAUGAGAUUGGCAUUUCCCCAGCCGACUCUAUUGACGAGUGCAAGAAGCACCUGAAGAGCACGCUCGUCAACAUUGUGGACCUUAUCGAUGCACGGCGGACAGGCUCGGCGGCUAUGGUUUGGCAAGAUCUCGACGCGUUUCGCACAUACACGCUCCAGGAUGAACAUCGGAUCAAUAAGGACGAGGCCAAGGAAGGCGAGGGGCUCCUUGCAUCUUUGCUGCAGAAUUUCAGGCUACCGCGGCGUCACAAAAGAAUACGGGCGAAAAGAGAUGCAGUCGUCCACAGCGUGACCACAGGACGUGUGGGCAAGAAAAGCCAGCGAUAG